AAAUCAAUUUAGAGGAUGCGUGCUCGGCCCUGGGUCCCGAGUGACGCCGCGCCAAAUCCUCCCCACACGUGUACACAAACCACGCGAGGUCAGCUGGACGUGCGGCGGGGAUGCUAUAAGACACCAGACGGUGAGGGCUAUUCUGGAAAAGAAGAGGAAGAUAAAACAGUGUCCACCAUGAGGUGUCACUAUGAGGUGCUGGGGGUGGCCCAGAAUGCUUCCGACAGUGACCUCAAGAAGGCAUACUAUAAGAUGGCUCUCCAGUGGCACCCAGAUAAGAAUCCAGAUCGGAUGGAGGAAGCCAAGACUCAAUUCCAGCUGAUCCAGGCAGCCUAUGACACACUCUCCGAUCCUCAAGAGAGAGCCUUCUAUGACCGCAACCGGGAUAGCAUCUUGCGGGGAAAAGCAUCAGAGGGAGGUUCAAAACCAGAAACCCUUGACUUGUUCAAAUACUUCUCAUCCCAAUGCUAUUCUGGCUUCAAUGAUUCAGAGAAGGGUUUCUACACGGUCUACAGGCAAGUGUUUGAAAAAUUGGCAGUAUUGGACAUGCAGUACAUGGAUGAUGAAGAGGAAGAAAUAAUCAUACCAAGCUUUGGUCAAAGUGACACCGAUUUAGAGGAUGUUGGGAGAUUUUAUGCCUACUGGUCAAGUUAUUGUUCUUCCAUGGACUUCCGUUGGGCCGAUGAAUAUGAUAUUCGAGAAGCUCAGCGCAUGGGCCGGUGGGUAGAGAAGAAAAUUGAGAAGGACAACAACAAGGCUCGUCAGAAAGCUCGGAGACAGUUCAACGAAGAAGUCAGAGCUCUUGUGGCAUAUGUCCGGAAGAGAGACAAGCGAUGGCUGGAACGAAAAAAACAAAUUAAUGCCAAGAUCGCAGAAAAUGCCCAGAAGCAGCUAGCAUGUCAGCAGAGGCAGAGAGAGGAGCGGCAAAAGUCAAUGAAGGAAGAUGUGGAGCAGGAGAGAGCAAAUCUUGCAGCUUAUGAAGAACAGCUCAAGCAACUAGAGGGACAAUUUGCUCGUGAAUGGGGACUGACAGACAGUGAAGACAGUUACCACAGUGAGGAGGGAGAGGCCCAGGAGGAGACUGAAGGAGUUGCAGAGAACCAAGAGAUUGGAGAGGGGGAGCUGCUGCUGGAUGAUCUUUAUUGUGUUGCCUGCAACAAAUCGUUCAAAACAGAAAAAGCUAUGGAAAAUCACCAACGAUCUAAGAAACACAAAGAGAACUUGGAGGCAUUGAAAGCUGCUAUGAAUGCAGAGGAUAGAGCAUUCUUCAACUCCAGUACUUUUGACAAUGAAGCUGAGCAACAAAGUGAGGAAGGUGCUACACCAGCUCAAAAAUCCUCAAAAAAGAAGAAAAAGAAGAAGAAAUCCUCACAGGAAAGCCCAUCUGUUCUUCUUACCACAGACUCCAUUGGUCGUAAAAAGGAAAACAGGAGGAAAGAUUUGAGCAACCCAGUAUUUAAUGGAUUUUCAUCAGAGGAGAGUGACGAGGAAACAGAAGUGAAGCUUAUGGAUGUAAAUAAAGGUUUAGAUGCAAAUGGUACUCCUUUGGAAACUGACAAUAAUGUAAGCAGUAAUACCUUAAACUGUGACAGAUGUAGUGAUUCUGAGGAAGUUUUAAAUGAACACUCCAGUUCAGUGAAAUCUACUUCAUGUGUUAAGGAAGACCAAGAGAAAAAAGAUCAGGAGGAUGAUGAAGAGAUACAAGAGGCAAAGCCAAAAUUGAAAGGCAAAAAAGCUAAGGAUGCCAGGAAACGAGCCAAGGAGGCUAAUGGUGCUGCGGAAGUAAAGGAGACAACCCAGUGCACUGUGUGUGGCGGUGUGUUUCCUUCCAAGAACAAGCUUUUCCAGCACAUCAAGAAGGAAGGUCAUGCAGCCCUCAAAACAGUGGGGAAGGAGGCCAAAGCAGCGGGGAAAGAAACCAGGAGAAAAGUCAAAGGAAAUUAAUCAAUUGUUAAAGUAGUGUGUUCACUUUCUUGCUUAUCUUGAAAUGUUUUUAUGAUGACUUGGUCAAAUAGCUUUAUUUUGUUGGCAAAAUAUAUCAGUUACUAAUCCCGUGCAAAACAAAAUGUGAUAAUAAGAUACUCGUAUACUCUUAAUGAUGGAUGUUUUGUGAAGUUUCCUCCUGUAGUAAAAAAUUUUCACUAACAAAACCUUUGCCUAUCAAAUUUUUUGGAGAAAGAGAA